AUGUUCUCCAACAAACUCACCCGCGCCGCCCACCGCGCCACAGCUGCCGCCAUCAACUCCUCCACCGCCGCAUCUCGCUCAACCACCUGCAUAGCCGCCCGCCGGACCCAUCAGCGAAGACACUCCAGCAGCAAGGCAUCAUGUCCGCCAGAUAGCAACACCAGCGGCGGCAAGCCUGCUCCGGCUACCAAGGCUUCGAACGUCGAGGAGGACAAAUCUCACAUCUCGCCCCCGACAUCGCAGCAGAGAGGCGGCAAGCGAGUAUCACGACCGAAGCGUUCGCGCAGCGUUGGCAGCGCCGAUAAGGUGGAAGAUCAGUUUGCGGGCCUACCAGCAGUGCCCGGCACUCAGCACCUCUCAUACGCAGACUUCUCGGUCUCGUCCUUCUUCUCCCUCCACCGCCCUCUCUCACUCUCCUCGACCAUCCCACCUUCUGCUACGACCGAAGCAUUUGAUAACAUCUUUGAAAGUCGAAAAGAGGUCGACCCAUGGGAAAACGGCAACUCUGCCGAAAGGCGGCCCGAGGAUGUCGUCUAUGCACUUGGUAGCCUCUUUGACAACAUCGACGGCGCUGCAAACGAAUCGCAAGAUGAUGGUGUGAGAUGGGAGGUCAUUCAAGAGAGUCCCAGCAAUCAGGACGGAGCUGUAAAGCACCUUGAUGGGCCACCUCGUGUGAAGAGUCUGGAUGAGCAGAUCGCCGAGUUCAGGCCCUUCAAGGCACCUCCACCGCCACAUCCGUUUCCUCAGGAAGAGCAAAAGUCUGGCGCUAGCAAGCGUAAAGCCUCCAAGCCAAAGCAGCAGAGCUACGAGAUGAGGAUCAUUCUCACCGAGAACACAAACUCUAGCGGGGAGAGGACGUACACCGCGUCCUCCUCGCCAAUUAUCCGCAUCGAAAACCCUGAGCAGCAGAGCAAGAGCAUCCAAGAGCCUGCGCAAAAAGGCCAGGCCAGGCAUCCCUUUAAGGAGCGUAUGCAAGAGCGACAACGGGCCUUUCAACUGCGAAAUCAGGGCAAGAUCAAGGCCAUGACGAACGCACAGCCCAUGAUCAGAAAAGCGCCGAGUGCGAGGAGGGGAAAGAUGCUGCUAAUCUCCGUGAAGAGGCAAAGGAAGUUGAAGAUGAAGAAGCACAAGUACAAGAAGCUGAUGAAGCGGACGAGGAACUUGCGAAGACGGCAAGAUCGUGCUUAA